AUGGAGAGUACCAGGGUAUUUGUGUCAGGCUUGCCGCCUACACUGGAUAAUAAUGGGCUUCGCAGCCAUUUUGCUGGCCGCUUCGAAGUUACAGAUGCCCAUAUUGCUCCGAGUCGCCGAAUCGGAUUUGUGGGAUUCAAAGAUCACAACUCCGCCCAGGAAGCGGCCAAAUACUUUAACAAAACCUUCAUCAGGAUGUCUAAGAUUGCGGUCGAAAUGGCAAGGCCUGUAGAUUCCACUUCUGACAUAAAGCCAUGGUCCAAAUCUAGAAACUCAGUAUUUGAUAAAGAUGGCUCCGACCCCAAAUCUACAUCUCUGAAGCGGAAGCGGCCUACUGAAGAUGAAGACCCAAAGCUACGAGAGUUCCUGAAUACAAUGCAGGCAUCUACUAUGAAAAACACAUGGGCUGAUAACGGUGCAGACCUUCAUACUAGCAUGCAUAGUCGUGUAGAGGAGUCUAGGGCAACUGAUGCCUUUGAAACACUGUCGUCAAAAAGGCCUAAGGCAGAAGUAGAAGCCAGCCGGAGUGACGCGCACCAGUGCGGGACGUUCCGUGAUGCAACGGAUGUCAACUCUGAGCCAGAGAAAAGACCUUCUGAUGCCAAAUCUCAGACUGACCUACGGGAUUUGGACAUUACUCCGCAAAAUGAUGCUGACUGGCUUAGAUCGAAAACCAGUCGACUGCUAGGUUUGGUAGACGAAGAAGAAGAAGAAGUGAUACGACCGAAAUUACAGCAUACGGAACCAGGAAAUAUGGAAUCUACUCUGGAAUCAAUGACUGAACCAGAUAUUAUUGAACAUGCUGCUCAAGAGCCCGACGAAAUCAAGAACGGCGUUCCUGAUGCUAACAUAGACUCGAUUCGAGAAACUGGCCGGUUGUUUAUUCGUAAUCUCCCAUACAAUACUACUGAAGGAGAUCUUGAGCGACUUUUCAUGACCUUUGGAAAAUUAGAAGAGCUACAUGUUGCCUUCGAUACUCGCCAUUCAACGAGCAAAGGUUUCGCUUAUGCUCAAUUUUUUGACCCAGACUCUGCCAUCGCCGCCUACCAGCAGUUGGAUGGAAAAGAUUUCCAAGGACGACUUAUGCACAUUCUUCCUGCUUCCACUAAAAAAACAUAUAAAAUUAAUGAAUUUGAGCUUUCAAAACUGCCCUUGAAAAAGCAGCAACAAAUCAAGAGGAAAUCCGAGGCAUCGACUACCGCUUUUAGCUGGAAUUCUCUAUAUAUGAAUGCGGAUGCCGUAAUGGCCUCUGUGGCAGAACGGUUAGGGGUUCCUAAAUCGGCAAUUUUAGAUCCAACAUCGUCAGACGCUGCGGUAAAGCAAGCCCACGCUGAAACACAUGUCAUUCAAGAAACCAAAGCGUACUUUAAUGCUAACGGUGUGAAUUUGGACUCUUUCAAACAACGCGAGCGUGGAAACACCGCUAUUCUUGUCAAAAACUUUUCUUUCGGUGUCAAAGUUGAGGAUCUCAAGAAGUUAUUUGAUCCAUACGGCCAAAUCAUACGGCUUCUCAUGCCCCCUACCGGUACCAUUGCAAUUGUUGAGUUUAGCAUGCCGGAUGAGUGUCAAAAAGCAUUUAAGGGUCUUGCAUAUAGAAAAUUAGGGGACUCUAUAUUAUUCCUAGAGAAGGCACCUAAAAACCUUUUCGAAGGAAAAUCUGUUGCUAAUGUUUCGGUUCAGCCCCAAAAGGCUAUCGGCCCUGGGUUCUCAACAUCGGAAACGUUCAAGGCUGACGAGCAGGAGACUGGCAUGGAAAGUUCAACUAUAUAUAUUCGGAAUUUGAAUUUUUCAACUACAACUGCCAGUUUAACCGACCUUUUCAAGCCUCUUGAUGGGUUCUUAUCUGCUCAAGUUAAGACAAAACCUGAUCCAAAAAAACCCGGGGAAAGGUUAAGCAUGGGUUUUGGUUUUGUGGAAUUCAGAACCAAAGCCCAAGCCAACACUGCUUUGGCAUCAAUGAAUGGAUAUAAGCUGGACCAGCAUGAAUUAGUCCUCAAGCCCUCCCACAAGGGCAUGGACGCUGCAGAGCAGCAAAGACGCGAGGACAUUGCCAAGAAAAACGCAGCUCGCAGAACAAAAAUCAUCGUCAAGAAUUUACCGUUUCAAGCCACGAAGAAAGAUAUACAAUCUCUCUUCGGUGCUUACGGCCAACUACGUUCUGUCCGUGUACCGAAAAAGUUCGACCGCACAGCGCGUGGCUUUGCAUUUGCUGAUUUUGUCAGUGCACGUGAAGCAGAGAACGCCAUGGAUGCCCUUCGGAAUACCCAUCUUUUAGGCAGGAAGCUUGUACUGGAAUUUGCGUCUGAGGAAACGGUUGAUGCUGAAGAGGAGAUCCAGAAGAUUGAGAAAAAGAUGGAUGCGCAAGCGAAUAGAGUCAAGCUCAAGCAGCUUGUUGGUACUGGGAGAAAGAAGUUCCAUGUUAAUCCAGUGGAUGAAGAUGAGUGA